UGAAUCGCGGCUUAAAACAAUAAUAACGUUUUCUUGAAAUUUUCCUACGUUACAAUGUUCCUUCUUCUCCAUCUUCAUCUUCUUGCAAAACCUUUUCUAGGGUUUCAAAAUUUAUCUUCUUCUUCAAAGUAAUGUCUCUUAAAAUAUCCAGGUAUAUAAUUGCUGAUUACAGGAAUAGAUUAGGGUGGUGGAUUGAACAAAGUGAAGAAUUUAUACCUUUUUGACGACCAUUGUUGAGCUGGGAUGAAUAGUGUAUUCAAUGAGCAAAUACUUGCUGAUAAGCUCUCUAAGCUCAAUAACACCCAACAGUGUAUUGAGACACUGUCACACUGGUGUAUCUUUCACCGGAUGAAAGCAGAACUUGUUGUUGCUACAUGGGAAAAGCAAUUCCAUGCUUCAGAGAAGGCGCAGAAAAUUUCGUUCUUAUAUCUAGCCAAUGAUAUACUUCAGAACAGCAAACGGAAAGGAACUGAAUUUGUUGCUGAGUUUUGGAAGGUUCUUCCUGGAGCACUCAAGGAUGUUCAUGAGAAUGGAGAUGAUCAUGGCAAGACUGUGGUUUCCAGAUUGGUUGGAAUUUGGGAAGAAAGGAGGGUAUUUGGAUCUCGUCAGAGUCUUAAAGAUUUAAUGCUUGGAAAGGAAUCCCUGCCUCCGCUAGAGUUGAACAAAAAACGCUCCCGUGCUGUUAGAAUUGUAAAAAGAGAUUCUCGCUCCAUAAGAACAAAACUGACCGUUGGAGGAACUGCUGAGAAAAUAGUGUCCGCGUUUCACUCUGUGCUGAGUGACCAUCCCAAUGAAGACUUGCUGAUGAACAAUUGCAAGUCGGCUGUCCACCAUGUGAGAAAAAUGGAGAAAGAUGUUGAUGUUGCCUGUACAAAAGAGGGAGAUCCGCAGAGGACAACUUUAGCCAAUGAGCUACAGGAGGAAGAAAACGUUUUGAAAGAAUGCAUUGAGAAACUAAAGUCAGUUGAAGCAACUAGAGCAGCCUUGGUAUCUCAAUUAAAAGAAGCAUUACAUGAGCAGGAGUCUGAACUGGAGAAUGUGCGCACACAACUACAGGGCUCAUUAAAUUCUUGCAUUUCGUUGAAUGGUAAGGUAGCUAUGGCCCAGUCAGAAGAAGCCUGUAACAUGCGAAAGCGGCUCAACAAUGAAACAGAUGCAUCUUCAUCAGCCGAUGCAAAUUCAAAAUCAAAAACAGCUGCAUCCAUUGCAGCUUUGGUUGCGGACAAAUUAACAGCUUCAACCUCAUCACGGCAAAUAAUGACUUCUGUUCUCUCAAGUUUUGCCGCACAGGAAGCGAAGGGUGUAGGUUCAGUAACGACAACCACUUCUAAUGGAACAAAGCCAAAUAUGGAAAAACACAUGGCUGUAAUGGACUCAAAUGUUUACAUCACUGCACAACCGCCUACCGCCCCCACAACUCCUUCCUAUCAAACAGUUGUAAUGCAUCAACCUUCACCAAUACAAAACCAAGCUUCAACGUCGCAGCCUCUUUAUCACAUAAUGACAACCCAGCCUUCUCAACAGCAAUACCUUCAACCACCUAGUGGGAUUAUGACUGGAGUGACGUAUUCUUACGGCAAUUUACAACCACAACAAGCGCCACCACAACAAGCACCUCCUCAGCCAGGUCCACCGCAGCAGCAACACAUGAUGAACCUUGCAGUUGCACCGUAUACACAACAGCAACCAACACAGCUAUUACAGCAACCCCCAGUGCCUCCUAGCUUUCGGCCCCUUCAACCUCCUGCAAUGUUGUACUACACUAGGCAACAUCAGCCUCAGUGAGGCAAAAGUUUUCCCAAAUGGAUUAGAGUAACUACUAAUCAGAUUGUAACCAAUUGUUAUUUACCAAAUAGUGAGAUUCUUUUCUUUAUUUUUAGCUUGAUUAUGAGUGACCCAUGGACAAUAAUUGUUAAACACAGUUUUGCAUCAACAUAAGAGCAGUAAUCUGUAGUUCACUGUGCAAAGUGAGCUAAUUUGCAGAA